CAAACAUUUUGCUACGGUCGUGUCUUUCGUAAUUUUUUCUCUUUCGUUAAUUUCAGCAUGUUGACUAAACAAGCAAUCAUGCUGCUUUGAAAAAGAAUAUUUAACGUUUGAAUUAACUUCGCCAACACAAACAUUUGAUUCUGGAAUUCCUGUUAGGAAUGAGCAUACAAAAAGUUAUGGCCAUUAAUGUGGCUCGGCAUAAGCGCCUUUCUUGCGCUUUAUCAAAGGUAAUGUCAUCAUUCAAUGCAAAUUACAGUGUGGCGCAAGAAAAAAACUCUACUCAAUUAACUGGAGAUGCCUCGAGGACUGUUAAUAGAUUCGAAAAGAACCUUACAAUUUUGCACGACUUUGGAUUUAAAGCGGGUCAAGUGAAUCGCAUCUCUGCUUCAUCUCAAAAUGUGCUAAAUCUUAGAGAGAAAGAUCUAAUGACGAAUUUAAAAGGAUGGCUUGCAUUCGGAAUGUCUGAUAAACUCUUUACAACUUUAACUAGUCACCCAGAACUGAUCACACUAAGUCCGAGUUUUGUGGACAAGCGUUACGAUGAGCUGAUGACAGUGUUUGCGAAAAAGGACAUUCACAAGCUGUUGAUAACUUGUCCUCAAGUGUUUCUAGACGAUUUUUCAACCGUGCAAGAGAAGGUGAGUUAUAUCGUUCACUCAAUGGGUGUAGAGCAGAAAAGUAUAGUGAAAGCAGAAGCUUUGCAGUUUGACUUUCAACAUAUCCGCUGCAGGCAUCUGUUUCUGUUCCUCGCUGGCCAUUAUAGGCUCAUGAAGAAGAAAUUCAACCCGAAGAACCCACCUUUAAAUAAAGUUUUUAGCAGAAACAUGGACACUUUUCUGAAGCUGUCUGGACUGAGUUUUGAGGAAUAUGCGGCUUUUUGUGAAUGCUUCGAUGAAAUUGAGGCGAUGCAAAUUUAUGAGGAUGCCGAUGAUGAUAGUAUUGAUGAGGAUGAUGCUGAUGAUGAAUGAAAUUGUG